AUGGUAGAUCUGAUGUGGAAAAAAUGUUCCAAGUCCUCUGAGGAAGAAAGGAGGAAGAAGGGACAGCUAAAGUUAUGCAUUUCUGGCGGAAGUGGAAAUGGGUGUGGAGGCAGUGUUUCCAUUUCCGCUUCCACACCUGUGGGUUUUUUCUUUUGCUGCGUCUUUUGCCUGGUUUGCCAAUUCCUGCUGACAGGAGAUUGUCCAGGUCAUAACCCCCAGUGGACCUCUCCCCAGUGGAGCUCCCCCAAAUGGAAAUCCUCCCCAUGUUGCUCAAGAAGCCUGUCCGAAGUUGUCCUGCGGAGCUUAGAGAAGUACAUUGACUUAAAUGACAUAAAACUGCUGGAGACGAAGAGGCACUUGAGGGCCCCCCCGAUAAGCGGCACGCCGAAGAAGGAGGAGAAAAUAAAAUCGCUGAGAAAGGAGCAUGAAAGAAGUACCAACGAGGAGGGUAACGAUGUAUGGGGCAUUGCGAGCAGCGACGCAGGGGUGGAAGUAUAUGCAGGGGUGGAGGCAUAUGUAGAGGUAGAGGAGGAGGAUGAUGAAAACAAAAUAGACAGCGAACUACCAUAUGAAGACCUACUAGGAGAGGAGCUAACGGAACAGCAAUUUGAUAAAAUGGUGGGAAAGUUACGUGGCUACAUUGACAUAAAAGAUAUGAAUGCCCUUUGGAAUUAUGUACACACGAAUGGGAAGAAAAAAUACUUCAGUUUGAAAGAGGAGCUAUGGAAGGACUGUGAAAAUAUGUCAAUAAAGUACAACAUCCCAGAAGAAUUUACCAUAAAGGAGUGGAGAAAAGCUUACCUUCAUUUGAAGGACGAGUUGCUGAAAAAGGAAAGAGACGAUUACAUGGACUUAAAAGUUUUUAUUGAUGCAGGAUUUAACGUCCGUUGGGAAUAUAUUGCUUUUAUUAUUGACAAAUAUGAAUCGUGGGAUGCUUUUAUCGACACGGCGAGGGACAACUGGAAAAAGUCACUCUCCAAGAGCUUCGAAAAAUAUGUGGAGGAUGCCCAGGAGAAGGAAAUCGAGAAAAACCCAAAGACUGGCGCAAAGGUUUCCUGCAUUAACAAGUACAAUGAGGAGAACAAAAUUAUGGUUAGCGAGAUUUUGCUAUGA